AUGGGAAGUUACUUCUCUGCCCCAGCCUACUUCGCUCGCAAGGAUCCCUUUCGGUGCUCUGAAUGUCAGGAUCCCCUCACUAACUGGUACUAUGAGAAAGAUGGGAAGCUGUACUGUCACAAAGACUACUGGGGGAAGUUUGGGGAGUCUUGCCAUGGCUGCUCUGUGCUGAUGACUGGACCUGUGAUGGUGGUUGGCGAAUACAAGUAUCACCCCGAGUGCUUCGCUUGUAUGAGCUGCAAAGUGAUCAUCGAGGAUGGGGACACUUACGCACUGGUGCAACAUUCCACUCUCUACUGUGGAAAAUGCCAUAACCAGAUUGUGCUGACACCGAUGAUAGAGAAACACUCCACUGAGUCUCUGCGUGAGCAGCUGCCCUACACGCUGACCCUCAUCUCCAUGCCAGCAGCCACAGAUGGCAAGAGAGGCUUCUCCGUGUCUGUGGAAGGUGGCUGCUCCAGCUAUGCCACUAGUGUCCAGGUGAAAGAAGUUAACAGGAUGCACAUCAGCCCAGAUGUCCGAAACGCCAUCCACCCUGCAGAUCGUAUCCUGGAGAUCAAUGGAGCUCCUAUUUGUACGUUACAGGUGGAGGAGGUGGAGGAAUUGAUUCGCAAGACAAGUCAGACCCUUCAGCUGCUGAUAGAGCACGACCCUGUCUCGCAGCGCUUAGGCAGGCUUCGUUUGGACUCCCAUCCGCCCACCCACGCAAAGCCACCCAUCUCCCCACGCUCCCUCUCUCCACUGGACAUCAAGGAGAACCUGGAAGGAACCCUCCGACGGCGCUCCCUCAGGCGAAGUAACAGCAUUUCCAAGUCUCCUGGCCCCAGCUCCCCGAAGGAGCCACUCCUCCUGAGCCGUGACAUCAGUCGUUCUGAAUCCCUGCGCUCCUCUUCUAGCUGCUCCCAGCAAAUCUUCCGGCCCUGUGACCUGAUUCAUGGCGAAGUUCUAGGAAAAGGAUUUUUUGGACAAGCCAUCAAGGUGACUCACGAAGCAACAGGAAAGGUGAUGGUGAUGAAGGAGCUGAUUCGCUGUGAUGAGGAAACACAGAAGACUUUCUUGACAGAGGUGAAAGUGAUGCGUAGCCUGGACCACCCCAAUGUGCUGAAGUUCAUUGGUGUGCUGUACAAGGACAAGAAGCUGAAUCUCCUCACCGAGUACAUUGAAGGGGGCACACUGAAGGACUUCGUUCGCAAUGCAGACCCGUUUCCCUGGGAGCAGAAGGUCAGCUUUGCCAAAGGAAUUGCCUCUGGAAUGGCUUACUUGCACUCCAUGUGCAUCAUUCACAGAGACCUGAAUUCACACAAUUGCCUGAUCAAGUUGGAUAAGACGGUGGUGGUGGCUGACUUCGGUCUGUCUCGGCUGAUUGUGGAGGAGAGAAAAAAGCCCACUCUGGAGAAACCUUCGGCCAAGAAACGAACCCUCCGCAAGAGCGACAGGAAGAAGCGCUACACAGUGGUUGGGAACCCAUACUGGAUGGCCCCAGAGAUGCUGAAUGGACAGAGCUACGAUGAGACGGUGGACAUCUUUUCCUUUGGGAUUGUUCUCUGUGAGAUCAUAGGCCAGGUUUACGCUGACCCAGACUGUCUCCCACGCACACUGGAUUUUGGCCUUAAUGUCAAGCUGUUCUGGGAGAAGUUUGCUCCUGCUGACUGUCCUCCAGCGUUUUUCCCCCUGGCUGCUAUUUGCUGCAGACUGGAGCCAGAGAGCAGGCCUCCUUUUUCCAAGCUGGAAGAUUCCUUUGAAGCUCUCUCUCUCUACCUGGGAGAACUUGCCAUCCCCCUUCCAUCUGAGCUGGAGGAGCUGGACCACAACAUAAGUGUGCAGUAUGGACUGAACCGUGACAAGCUACCUGAGAACACAACCUAGUCUGCUUGUCCUGCUGCCUGCAUCACUUCCAUUGGAGUUGGGGUGAGCAUCGGGGAGGGAGAUGCACUUCAGCCACUUCCAGGGCAUUAACAGGGCACCACACUGUGCGUUUGCUGCAUUGCCUCUCUCUCCCCACCCAGCACCCCUCCUCUUGGACAUCUUGAUUCACUGUGGAUUUCUGGCAUGUUUCAGAAGCAAAAAGAGCUGUUUCCUGCCAACUGCACCUAGGAAAGCUGCUCAACACUAAUUUUCUGGCUUGAGAAAUGUUUCUCUAGCCUUUUCAGGCUUCUUUACUGUGGUGCCUUAGAACUUGGCUGCAAGCUGUGAAGCCACCCUGGUCUCUCUGCCAGGGAGGGAAUUGCUAUAGGAGACUCUCUUGGGUAAGGACCAGCACUUCUGGAACUGCUUCUCCCACUGACUGCCCUGCUCAGAAAGCUGGGGAAAUUGGACAUCCAGCAAAAUGCCUGACCAGGACAGUG